AUGGGAAGCAAUUUCACAUUCUCUCUCUCUCUCUCUCUCUCUCUCUCUCUCUCUCUCUCUCUCUCUCUCUCUCUCUCAUUCCUUUGCCAAAAUCACAUUAUGAUUCGUUUUAUUCUUAUCCAAAACAGGGCUGGUAAAACUCGUCUGGCCAAAUGGUACAUGCACUUUGAUGAUGAUGAGAAGCAAAAGUUAAUAGAAGAAGUACAUGCAGUGGUAACAGUCAGAGAUGCUAAGCACACAAACUUUGUGGAGUUCCGAAACUUCAAAAUUGUGUACCGCCGAUAUGCUGGGUUAUAUUUCUGUAUCUGUGUUGACGUAAGUGACAACAAUUUGGUAUACCUAGAGGCAAUCCAUAACUUUGUGGAAGUGUUGAACGAAUACUUUCAUAAUGUAUGCGAAUUGGAUCUGGUAUUCAAUUUUUAUAAGGUCUACAGUGUUGUCGAUGAGAUGUUCACAGCAGGUGAAAUCCGUGAAACUAGUCAAACGAAAGUCCUAAAACAACUACUCAUGCUUUCUUCAUUGGAGCAGAAUAGUAAGCAUUUAUCCUCCAAUUGCCAUCCAAUGAAUUCUUCUUUGUCUACUUUACCUGUGACUUCACGUACCACCUCCAGACUACUUCAGUGUCAGAGGAAGAUCUCAACAAAUUAUAUGAAAGAAGCAUUCACGUUACAAAACUCGUAUAAAUUAGUUGAAGAAGAAUUUUCCACACUCUCUGAAGAUAUCAAAAAGCUCACAUCAUCUAAUAAGACAGAAUUACAAAGUAUUGCACAUUACCAUAUAGAUGGCCAAGGUAAAUCACUUAGACCCAUGGUUGUUAUCCUAAUGGCUAAAUGUUGUAAUUACCAUCAUACAUAUGAUGAUAGCAUUUUAUAUCCUCAGCGUGUAAUAGCAAUGAUCUCAGAAAUGAUUCAUACAGCAAGUCUCAUACAUGAUGACGUUAUUGAUAUGUCGGAUAUUAGACGUGGUAAACCUAGUGUUAAAGCUUUAUGGGGAGAACGAAAGGCUAUUCUUGCUGGAAACUUCAUCCUGUCACAAGCAUCAUCAGCAUUGGCUAAGCUACAAAACGAAUAUGUUGUAACUGUAAUUUCUGGUGUCAUAGAAGAUUUAGUUAAAGGGGAAUUCAUGCAGCUUGGAUCAAAAGAAGAUGAAAAUGAAAGAUUUAAUCAUUAUUUAAAAAAAACUUUCAAGAAAACAGCUUCUUUAAUUGCUAAUAGUUGCAAGGCUGUAGCCAUAUUGGGUAACUGUUGUGAAGAUGUUGUAGAUAUUGCUUAUAACUACGGUCGUAACAUGGGCUUAGCUUUCCAGUUGGUUGACGACAUAUUGGAUUUUAUUUCUUGCGAUAAAGUCAUGGGAAAACCAACAACUGCUGAUUUAAAGUUAGGCUUAGCCACAGCCCCUGUACUUUUUGCUGCUCAGGAGUAUCCUGAACUUCAUCCAAUGAUUAUGAGACGUUUUAGUGAAGUUGGUGAUGUAAGAAGAGCACGUGAUUUAGUAGCCAAGAGUGAUGGAGUUGCUCAAACACGUAUCUUAGCCGAACAACAUGCCAAAGAAGCUGUACGCAUGAUCCAACAGCUCAAAACAUGUUCAUCACAACAAGCAUUAAUACAUUUAGUAAAAUUUGUUCUCGAUAGAAAAAAAUGA